AUGAGAAAAUUCAUAAUUGGGGCAAUGUUGAGUCGUAAUUAUUUGAUUUUUUGUACAUUAAAUCAAAAAAUGCUAGUUAUUCCAUUUCUUUAAUCCUCAUGGAUAUUAUUUUAUUUUUCACUAAAUAAGAAUUUAUAGAUUCACCUAUUAACUCUUUUCAAUUAAUUAAACACAAAGCUCCACCAAAGUUAAAAGAGCAAAUCGUCUUUUCUUUUCGGAGAAAAGGUUAAUAGCUAAUCUUUUUAAUUAAACACUAAAUGCAGGCUGGCCAACGACUCAAAAAGCUUGGCCUUGGCGCUCAAUCGUUUUCAAAUUCAAGAACACCUACAGAUUAUAGAAGUCAAUCCCUCGCAUGAACCAACUCAAACAAUUCCACGCUCAUUCACUGAGAAUCGGCACAGAUUUCGCCAAAGAUCUGAUCACCAAACUAUUAGAAAUCCCCAACAUAAGCUAUGCACACAAGGUGCUCGACAGUAUUCCCAACCCAACUCUUUCCCUCUACAACAAACUCAUCCAAGCACAUUCUUCCCACGGCCCGCAUUCUCAGUGCCUCUCUCUCUACUCCCAACUCCUCCAUCGAUGUUUGCUUCCCAGUCCGCACUCCUUCACCCUCCUCUUCGUCGCGUGCGCGAAGCUCUCUAGUCGUCCCCACGGCCAAAUGGCCCACGCCCAUUUCCUAAAAUUCGGGCUUGAUCACGACGUCUAUGCCUUAACCGCAUUGGUUGACAUGUAUGCCAAGAUGGGCUUGCUGCACUUGGCGAGAAAGGUGUUUGAUGAGAUGGAUGGCAAAGAUGUGCCCACUUGGAAUUCUUUGAUCUCGGGUUAUGCAAGAAGAGGGGAUUUGGAUGAGGCGUUGCGCUGCUUCUUGGGUAUGCCGUCAAGGAAUGUGAUUUCUUGGACUGCUUUGAUAUCGGGGUAUUCGCAGAAUGGGAGAUAUAGGGAGGCUUUGGAGAUGUAUUUGGAGAUGGAGAGGGAGGGGAGAGUUAGGCCUAAUCACGUCACUAUAGCUAGUGUUCUUCCGGCUUGUGCUAAUCUUGGCGCGUUGGAGGUGGGGCAGAGGAUCGAGGCUUAUGCUCGUGCCAAUGGCUAUUUCCGGAACGCCUUUGUCUGUAAUGCGGUGCUGGAGCUGUACGCGAGGUGUGGUGUGAUUGAGAAGGCAAUGCAGUUGUUUGAUGAGAUUGGUGGUGGUAGAAACUUGUGUUCUUGGAAUAGUAUGAUCAUGGGUUUAGCUGUCCAUGGAAGAUGUCACGGAGCUCUCGACCUGUUUAACCGAAUGCUGAGAGAGGGAUUCAGCCCGGAUGAUGUGACGUUGGUGGGUGUGAUCCUAGCGUGUACUCACGGAGGGAUGGUCGAGCAAGGCCGGGAGCUCUUCAGCUUAAUGAAGCAAAAGUUUCUCAUCACGCCAAAGCUAGAACACUACGGAUGCAUGGUGGAUCUUCUAGGGCGAGCAGGACUCGUGCAGGAAGCUUACGAACUAAUCAUGGGCAUGCCGAUGAAGCCAGAUUCAGUCGUAUGGGGAGCUUUGCUUGGGGCUUGCAGUUUCCAUGGCAACGUCGAGUUUGCUGAGAGAGCUGGUGAGGCACUCUUUGAGUUGGAGCCAUGGAAUCCUGGCAACUAUGUGAUUCUUUCCAACAUCUACGCGAAAGCCGGCAAAUGGGAGCAAGUCGCGAAGCUGAGGAAGUUUAUGAAAGGCUCCAACACCACUAAGGCAGCAGGCCACAGCUUUAUUGAAGAAGGGGGCACACUCCAUAAGUUUCUAGUCCAAGAUAAGUGUCAUUCUAGAUCCAAUGACAUUUUUGCACUGCUACAUUUUCUGACUGAUGAAAUCAAAAUUUGUGGGGAAAUUGGUUUUUUGGGUUCGUUCAUUGAUGAAAUAAGAUUCAUGGAGUCAUCUUGAAUAUUUUAUCUUUCAAUAUAUUCUUCUUAGCUCAA